AUGACGUCUCAUCCGGACCACCCUCCCGCUGAUGCGGGUCCAUCCGAAGUCCGCAAUGAAGUCAAGAAGCCCAAGAAAAAGAAGGUUCUCCUGAUGGGCAAAUCUGGAUCUGGCAAGUCCUCCAUGAGGAGCAUCAUCUUCAGCAACUACAUUGCCCGAGAUACUCGACGACUCGGCGCUACCAUCGACAUCGAUCUCUCCCACGUAAAAUUCCUCGGCAACCUCACCCUCAAUCUCUGGGACUGCGGCGGCCAAGAAGCCUUCAUGGAGAACUACCUCUCGCAACAACGCGUCCACGUCUUCUCCAACGUCGGCGUCCUCAUCUACGUUUUCGACAUUGAAUCGCGCGACGUAGACCGCGACCUGGCAACCUACGUGUCCAUCCUGUCCGCCCUCCUUCAAUACUCGCCCGCCGCCAAAAUCUACAUCCUCAUACACAAAAUGGACCUUGUUGUCCCUACCGCCCGCGAAACCGUCUAUGACGAGCGCGUGCGCACCGUCAAGCAAAAGACCGCCGAGUACAUCAACUCUGUCGGCGGAGACACGAGCACUGUUGAACUUACGCCCUUUGCGACAUCCAUCUGGGACCAGAGCUUGUACAAGGCCUGGGCGUCCAUCAUCCACGACCUGGUGCCCAAUCUGGCCGUCAUUGAGCGCAACCUCGCCAAUCUAGGCGUGGCAAUCGAGGCGGAGGAGUUGCUGCUGUUUGAGCGGACGUCCUUCCUCGCAGUCUCGUCGUGGACGUCGACCGAGGGACGCCGGAAUCCGACAGAGGACAGACUGGAGCGCAUGUCGAACAUCAUGAAGCACUUUAAGCAGAGCAUUUCGCGCUUUACGGGAACGCCUAGGAAUGCAGAGCAAUUUAUUCGCAUGGAGCAUAAAGCGGGCACGCGCUUCAACUUGUUCAUUUUGAAAUUCACCACGAAUACAUAUCUCAUGGUGGUGCUUCCUCCGGGCGAGGCCAGAUUCAACGCGGCAAUGCUGAACUGUCAGAUUGCGAUUGAGCAUUUCAAAUUUCUGGAUGGCCCGGCUCCACACGCCAUAACUGCGACGGUCGUGCCCCCUGCGUCGUCAUAG